CGACAUCUUGACUGCAGAGACAUGGAAGAAAUAUAUAAAUCCUCCUUCAGAAAAGCACGCAGAAAACGUAUUGCUUUUGGCUAAAUUUGCAUUCGCAACUCGGCAAACGGCAAAAAGUAACAAGAAACAUACACAUAUCCCCUCUAACAAGUAAUUGAACAACCAUGGCUUCUAAUACAAUGAACUUUGGUCCUGAAUGGAUGAGACGCUUUCCAAAGUCGAACCAAUCUAACACCGACCAGAGUGCUAAGGCAUCUUCUCCUCCUGCUUCUCCUCUUCAGGACUGGAAUCAGUCUACGCCCGCCACCACUUCUACGGCUGCUAUGCCUGUCUUUAGUUAUUCAUCCAUUGCUGCUAGCAACGUCCGCUCUCAAAACGGAUCCUCUAGUCAGAGUUCCGCCCUCGAGGCCACCGUGCUUGAUGGUGCAAGUGGCAGCAAUAGCGGCGCAAAUACUGGUGCCUUCGCAGCGGACUCUUUGAACCCUUUUAAGUAUUCAAAGGAAUUGAUGUUGUCACUGUAUCGUCCCACGGGACUUCCAAUCGAAUUUGAAAGGCACGAGUACAUGACCAGCGAAGAGUCCUUACCACCAAUGUCCUCACUUCCAUUUUCUGAACAGGAGAUUAAGCUUCUUGCUGGAAGUGUGAACAGCGAAGUGGCACGCCGGACCGCGCAACCAGCAGAGGGUGGUCAAGAAAGAACACCCGGACAACGGCGCGAGAGCUUCUCUAACGCAGGUGAGCAUUCCAGUGGUCGCUAUGAUCGGUCUGAUAAAGCGACUUCCCAUUCUCGCAAUUAUGAGUCUAGGAGCCAUGGUGCAAGUGCAAGGCCAAGAAGUAAGAACAGAGUUUGAUAUAUUUUUCUAGCGCACCUCGUCCAUUGAAUUUCUUUUAAAAAAAGGAAGCUCUAAAAAAAACCAUGAUGUUGCUUUUUCGAUUCUACAGAUUUGAACAGCGAAGGUCGUAGUCAUUCCUUCAGACGCACAGAGCAAAUUGAACGUGAGCGCGAACGCGAACGCGAACCAGAAGACGACGGUCUUUGGAACUCACCUAUCGGCAACUCCGUAGGGUCAUUCGAUGCCAAUGGUGUUUUUCGUAUCAUUGGUGACGGAGACGAGCUCCAACCAUUAGCAGGACUACAGGAUUCGACUUCAAAGCGCCCUUCUGAUGAUAUCCAAAGCAUAAGUUUAAAGACCACAGAG